GAGAGAGUGAGAGAAAGAGAGAGAGAGAGGGGGGAAAUAGAGGGUUGAAGAGCACAGGGGAGAUCAAUGAGUAAGAAAGGGGUGGGGAAGAUGGACAAAGUGAACCGAAUGAUGAAGAUUGUGAGGAGGCUUUCCCCCAGGAAGACAGCAAGAAGCUCCCAGUGUGAUGAAGAUAGCGCUCAGGGCUGCGAGGACGGCUUAUGCUCCCUCAGCCUGUGCAUCAGCGAUGAAGGCCCGUACUCGAAGGGGAACCGCGACUCAGCGGGGACCGACAAUACCCUGGCCUCCAGACGACAGAGUCUCCCAGGAGAGCUCCGGGGGCUGACGGUGGUGGAGCUGAUCAAGAAGGAGGGCAGCACCCUGGGCCUGACAAUCUCCGGGGGCACCGAUAAGGACGGCAAGCCCCGCGUCUCCAACCUGCGGCCAGGGGGCCUCGCUGCCAGGAGUGACCAGCUUAACGUGGGAGACUACAUCAAGUCGGUCAAUGGGAUCAACCUGACCAAGCUGCGCCAUGACGAGAUCAUCAGCCUGCUGAAGAACGUCGGCGAGCGGGUGAUGCUGGAGGUGGAGUAUGAGCUGCCCCCACCAGCUCCGGACAGCACCUCAGGUGUCAUUUCCAAGACAAUCGAGAUAUGUUUGCACAAAGAAGGCAACAGCUUCGGCUUCGUGAUGAGAGGAGGAUCUCACGAAGACUGGCAGAAGUCCCGUCCCCUGGUGGUGACCUAUGUGAGACCGGGAGGACCUGCGGACAGGCAGGGCACCCUGAAAGUCGGUGACCGGCUGCUGAGUGUCGACGCAGUGCCCCUACACACCGCCGGCCAUGCCGACGCCCUGGCCGUGCUAACGCAGUGUGGCCAGGAGGCGCUUUUCCAGAUCGAGUACGACGUCUCCAUUAUGGAUACAGUGACGAACGCCUCGGGCCCCCUGCUGGUGGAGAUAGCCAAGUCGCCUGGCACCGCGCUGGGCAUCACCCUGGCCACAGCCGCACACAGGAGCAAGCAGGUCAUUGUCAUCGACAAGAUCAAGCCGGCCAGCGUGGUGGACAGGUGCGGGGCGCUGCACGCAGGCGACCACAUCCUGUCCAUCGACGGCACCAGUACAGAGCACUGCUCUCUGCUGGAAGCCACACAGCUGCUGGCCAGUACCUCUGAUCAGGUCAAGCUGGAGAUCCUGCCCGCGCACCACACCCGGCUGCCCAGCCAGCUGCAGGACACCGUGAAAAUACAGAAGAGUGAUAACGCCCACUGCUGGGACCCCUGCGUAAAUUAUUGCCACAUGCAGCACCCUGGACACUGCAAGACCCCCACGUGGCCGUCAUCGAGCAACCCGGCCAGUCAAGACUACUGCAAAUCGCUUCUGUCCAGUGGCUUCUCCCCCGGCUCCACCACCACGUCGGGCUUCGCCAGCCAGAACUCCAGCACCCUGCCACGUGCGGCACCACCCAUGAGCCCGCGCAACUCCAUGCUGAAGAGGAGGCAGAGGAAGAAGGAACACAAGAGCUCGCUCUCUCUAGCCUCCAGCACUGUGGGCCCAGGUGGCCAGAUUGUGCACACAGAGAUUAGUGAGAUCACCCUCCAUGGUGACCCACUCAACGGCUUUGGCGUCCAGCUCCAGGGGGGUAUCUUUGCCACGGAGACGCUCUCGGCCCCCCCCCUCAUCCGCUUCAUCGAGCCGGAUAGCUCUGCUGAGAGGUGUGGAUUACUGCAGGUUGGAGACAGACUCCUGUCCAUAAACAGCAUACCAACAGAGGAUGGAACACUGGAGGAAGCCAAUCAGCUGCUCCGAGAUGCAGCCCUGGCCAAUAAGGUCACCCUGGAGGUGGAGUUUGAUGUGGCAGAAUCUGUCAUCCCCAGCAGUGGUACAUUUCACGUAAAGCUUCCCAAGAAGAGAGGAGUGGAGCUGGGCAUAACCAUCAGCGCGAGUAAGAAGCCGGGAGAGCCUCUGAUUAUCUCCGACAUCAAGAAGGGAAGCGUGGCUCACCGAACUGGCACAUUGGAACCGGGUGACAAGCUGCUGACCAUUGACAACGUGCGGCUGGUGAACUGUUCUACGGAGGACGCGAUGCAGAUCCUGCAGCAGAGCGAGGACCUGGUGAAGCUGAAGAUCCGCAAGGAUGAGGACAACUCCGAUGAGCAGGAGACUUCAGGAUCUAUCAUUUACACUGUGGAGCUGAAAAGGUAUGGUGGACCUCUAGGCAUCACAAUCUCAGGCACAGAGGAGCCAUUUGACCCCAUAGUCAUCUCUGGGCUCACCAAAAGGGGCCUCGCUGAGAGGACAGGGGCAAUCCACGUGGGGGACCGCAUCCUGGCUAUUAACAGCGUUAGCCUGAAAGGGAAGCCGCUCAGUGAAGCCAUCCACCUGCUGCAGAUGGCUGGGGAAACGGUCACGCUGAAGAUCAAGAAACAGGUCGAUGCCCCAGGCGAUAACAAGUCAGCUCUCAAGAACGACCUGAGCGACAACGAGGACGAGACAAGCGACUCUCAGAAGACCAGCAAGUUCUCUGAGAUCUUCUCUACCACCAUUCCCAGUGUGGACUCGGCGACGGAGUCGUGGGACAGCUCCGGUGUCGACACCGGCUACGGGAGCCAAGGAACAUUUAUCCAGCAGGCUGCCGGCAUCGCCCUGCAUCCCCACGAGUGGCGGAAUUCCAAGCACAGGAGCGCGACUCCCCCUGCAGGCCGCCGCAAGAACUAUCCAUUCAGCGAUGGGGGCUUCAGCGAGGAUGACUGGGACAAGCCCACGGGAUACGUCAGCCAUGCACAGAGCGACGGCCUCGUUUUGGAUCACGGCGACGCCUUCUGGUGCCAGGCUCUGGAGGACCUGGAGACCUGCGGCCAGUCGGAGCUCCUCAGGGAGAUCGAGGCCUCGAUCAUGACAGGCAGCGCGCUCAGCCUGGGCGUGGACGGCGGGAAGGGGGACGCGGCCGGCCAGCCGGGGACAAGUCCUCUGAAGAAGACCCCCCAGCUCCACGGCGAGUCCAAGGCGAAGACCAGCCUGCGUGUGUCCGAGAAGACCUGGGAGUCGCGGAGGAUCAAGGAGGAGAUGCAGGAGAUUCUGUCCCCGACACCCCUGGAGCUGCACAAGGUGACGGUGAUGAAGGACCCAGAGAGCGACGACUUUGGUUUCAGCGUAUCGGAUGGCUUCCUGGAGAAAGGCGUCUACGUCAACAUGAUUCGUCCCGAGGGUCCGGCCGAGCGCGCAGGUCUUGCGCCUUACGACAGGAUCCUGCAGUCUGACCCCCGGCAGGUGAACCAUGUCCGCACCAGGGACUUCGACUGCUGUCUGGCUGUGCCCCUGAUCACUGAGGCUGGGGACAAGCUGGAGCUGGUCAUCAGCAGGAAUCCCCUGGUGCAGGGAACAAGCGGGCAGCUGCCAGACUUCAAGGAAGCAUCUGCUACACUUCCCAUCUCCAGGGAGCACAAGACCAGCUGCAUGGACUUAUGAGCCACGUCAGGAGGAGACCUGGUCUAGACCUGGACCUGUUCUCUCUGGAUACUUUACUGAACACAGCUCAACGGGGAGUUGUUUUCAAUUUUAUUCGUUUUUUUUACAUGUCGUCAGUGUUUUUGUUUGUUUUUUUUUUUAUCCUUCUCAAAAGCCUCGAGGAGAAAAACAACAAACUGACGAAACACGAACUCCGAGAGAGCGAACAAUCGCCGAAGUCCUUUUAUUUUCGGGCGUGACCAGGAGCUGACGGCGCUCUGGCUCGCGAGACAGAGGCCAGGUGCUGACAUGGCAACGGAGGCAGGAAGGAAGGCUUUCAAGGCGCAGGGAAGCGGACUUCUGGUCUGAAGAUGCUGGAGCCAAUGCAACAAAGACACUAAACAAAGACUGUGGAAGAAAGAAGGCUUUGUUUGUUUGUUUUUUUUAGGAAGAAGGCAUUGUAAUAUUGCGGCAGGCUUUUAUGCGUUUUAAGCCGCAACCUUUUCUGGUUUUUAUUUUAAGACAAUUCUCAAAAAAAAAAAGAAGGAACCUUUUAUACUCCACUUGAUAGCAAAAUCUAACCCUUGUAUUUAAUUUUUUUAGAAUGUGAGGAUUUGAACGAAUAUUGCCGCGCCAUUGUGUCUGUACAUCCGCCCAUUCUCGUCACCCUCAUCUCUCCGUCAUUUUGUCACCCCCCUCAUGCUCCCCUAAGCCCCCCGCAGUCACGCUUCGUCCCUCCCCAGCGAAGCUAGCCUGCGCCAUUUUACCCAUACUCCCUUGCCAGGCAUUGCCGUCGUUCCCCGGCACUAUUUUAAGCCCACCCCCGUGGAGGACACACUUAAACCAUGUACUUGACCGGCUGUGUCCUCAUUCUUUCCCCAUCUCUAGCCUCGCCGUGCAAAAGGUCGCCGCUCGGGGUCUUUGAAACAAAAAAAGCUGCACGUCACAGGAAUAAAUCUGACGGACAUUCAGGCUCAGGUUUUUAACCAAUCGAGACCCAAUUCUUUCCCAUUAAUAAAUGGAUGAUGCUAACUACAGCAUAACUUUAGUAAGUUUAAUAAGUUUAACUUUAAUAAGUUGCAUGCCCAGGUGUGCUACUGGAGAUUUUGCCCCCCCCCCCCGAAAGCGUAUCAUAUUGGGCCCCCAGCCCAUAUCAGUCAAUGUUGAAAAUUUGUUCAUUCAUUCAGGGGCCCUUGCGAUAGUGCGAAUUUACCCCACUUUAUGGUGUCCUUGUGCAGGCUGUCACUACGCAUCCCUCUACACAGUAAAACAAAGUACAAGGCACUGAUUUCUGCGUAAAAAAAUGCUUAGCUACCGACUUGCUGGCCCCGGUUACGACUCUGCUUUCGAAUUACCUUUUUUAAAGCUUUUUAUAUAUUUAUAUCGACUAAACUGAGUAGAGGUUGUCUGCCAGAACUGAGCGGAUCAGCGUUGCGUUUGCAUUUCCUUUGUGAGGGAAACGGGAAGGAGACGACACACGUGAGCGUUGGUGAUAGCUUUCACUGCUCCCAGACACUGCGGCGCGCACGCUUUUCCGCAUUCCUGCUUUAUCUACUGUAAUUAGAGCCGCUUGCCAAGUGUGGUGCUGUUGUGCUUGUCACACUGCAUAACCAUCUACCAUCUUCAUAACCUGUUAACCAGUACAGGAUCCUGGUGAGCUCAGGGCACAAGGCAGGGGCACACCCUGGAAGGGAUGCCAGUCCAUCGCAAACCACCAAACUCACCGCGCCAAGGUCAGUAGCGAGAUGCCAGUUCGCCCACGUAGAAGAAGAUGCUAACUUCACUGUGCUAGCGGCGAGCCAACACACUACACAAAUAAAAAUAAAUAGAUCAGCAGGUAGUGUCAUCUCUCGACACUUAGAAAGGAAUUCAUUUAUUCCAGAGUGCAUUUAGCCAAAGAAAGAUCUUUUCAUUUGAUAAGAAGAUAUUAGCUUUAUGUAAAAAAAAAAAAAAAAAAUGUGACGAAGAAAGAAGGAACAGGAAACAUCUCGUUUUCUAGGGUGUUGUUCAGCAUUUGCGGGUUGCUUCUACUGUACCAAUCAUUCUGAUUAUUCUAAUGUCAAAAUAUCAUUUAACUUUUCAUAUUAUUAUUGGGACU